GUUUCUUUUCACCUUUGAUCCGCUGUUAGUGAAAAACCACCCUUAGAUCCAAAGUAAAAACCCCUAGGCUUUAGUUAGUUGUUAUGAUGAAGCCCUUGGACGAUGAGUACUACCCUUAUAAUGAUGAGCCCUCUGUUAAAUCCUAUGACUACAGGAGUGUUGUGAGGAGCAAGAGGAGCUGAGCUUCUUCAAAACAGGGGAGCAAGAGGGUAGUGAAGGCGAGGACGAAGAGACCGCCUCGUCGUCUGACGGUGAGGACGUAGUGGUUUCCCGUGCUGUGGACGGAGCGUCUACCUCGGUUGCAAUUCCUUGCCCGAAGCCGGUUUCUGCUGUGAAGGGAGCUGCCCCAACGAGAAAGCGUCGGCCGAAGAAGGGUCGAGGUUACUCCUACCUAGACCUCACGAACCUCUAUCUGAUCAAGCCGGAGAGCAGCACGACUGACUACUUGGUGGCCCGGAUGUACGUGGGGCCGUAUGGGAGGGUUAGGACACUCGGGCCGACGUAUCAUGUGUUGAAUCCUCCCCCGGGGUAUUUUGGAGUAUACCCCAUGAGUUUUGAAAAGGGGCUUAGGUUUCCCCUCCACCCGUUCAUUACGGAAUAUCUGGACAUGGUGGGUCUCCCUCUGGCCUUGUUGACCCCGAACAGCUACUCACUCAUCGUCAGUUUCCUCCUCCGUUGCGAUGAGUUAGACUUUAGGCCGACGACGGCCCUUUUCAUGAAUUUAUACCAGAUUGGCCGAGGGAGUCACAAGAAUUGUGCCGGCUACACCAAUCUUCAACAGCUGCCGAAGAAGAGGAGUUUUACUGACCUCCCUUCGUCCAUUCAUGGUUGGAAGAGCAAGUUCGUCUUCGUGUCGUUGGGUGAGGACGGCACAGAGUUUCCCUCAGUCGGUCAUGACGGUAGGUUCAACCUUCACGCUGUGCCGAAGAGCAAUAUCUUGGAUGCCCAGGUGGCGGCAUUUCUGAAAGGAGGACCGAGGAGCGUGAAAGAUUACAUCACGGAGUAUAAGAUGACCGCCUCGGCUUCAUGAUGUAUUAUGUGUACGACGACAAGGAGAGCGAUACAGAGCUGUGGCCGAGGAUGACCACCACGUUUGAGGAGGCCGAUGGCCCAGAUUUGGGUGUGUCGGCUGACGCUGAUGGUAAUACCCUCCCUGGCGUCUUCGUCCAUAUUUACUUUUGUUUUUGCUAACUGUUUUUGUUUUCCUCGUUGUGCAGACUUCGUCAUGGAUCGCAGACCCGUCAUGGCCCUAGCCAAAGCUAAGGCAAAGGAGGAAAUGGCAGCCAAAGAGGCCGCAUAGAUGGCCACUGCGAGUGGCGCCUAGCCGAGCUCUGACGCAGCAAAGAAGCCACCCACGCAGCCGAAGAAGAAACGGCCCGUGGAUGACGACCAUAGGAAGCUAACCGAGGCCGGUAUGCAGUCCAAGAAGUCGAGGAGGGCUUCCCCUCUGGCCGAUGCUGGUGCCGACGGUCUGACCAUACCGGAUGAUGAUGCCGGGAGCUCAAAUGCCGUAGCCGUUGUUGAUGCAGUUUCGGUCCCCUCGUCGACGGCUCUGUCCCAGCCGCGCCUGUCGGCCAAGAGCCCCGUAAACAGUGGGUCGGCAAGGAGCUGACCGUUGGGACCUACAAACUCGAGGUUGAGUACCCUGUGAAGGGUGGCGUCUUCAACGACGCCAUUGACGGCCAUGAUGUUCUGGCCCAAGCUAUCCCGGUUGAGGAUCGGGCUUACUUGAAGAAACUAGGCCCCAUCAGGAUCUACGACGGCGGGAUGGACCUCAUCGUCCACGGUGCCCUUAUGCUGAUGGAGAGCCAUAAGCGGCAAAAGCAAGAGAUUGCCCGUUUGAAGGAGGCCGAGAAAAAGGCUGCUUCGGCCGAGGAGGCCAUGGCCUGCCUGGAUCGGCUUUGGGAGGAGGUGAAGGCACUGCAGAAGGGUGUUGAUGAUGCCGAGUGGGCCUACCGGCAGGUGGCGUCGACAGGGUCGACACUUUGAGGGCCAGGGAUGAAGCCUUGAGAAGCCGUGAUGAGGCCCUGCUUCGGGCCGAGGACGCCGCGAGAGCUCAGGCUGAAUCUGAGAGGGCCGCUGAGAAAGUCGUUGACGGCGCUAUUGAGAGGUUCCUGGCCAAAGGUUGGAAGGCCGAAGAUCGUCGGCCCUGGUGCUACGAGGUUGUGGCGGACCGGCUUGAAGACCGGGGCCAGAAUUGCCCUGCUGGUCAGGAAUGCUUUGCCCGUGAAAUGGCUGUUUACUACGACAUGGGCCAACAGAGGAUGCAACGGUUGAUCUACCGAAGGCUGCAUCGGGCUUUCAAGAAACUGAAAUUCACCCAGAAAUGGGCUAAGAAGAACUUGAAGCUUCCGAGGCUGAUGAAAGACCCGGAGGCCGAAGCGAAGCUCCCCCCGUUCGAGAGGCAAGAUCCGAUACUCAGUUCCUCCAUCGGUGAGCCUGAUUGGUCCGAUGAUGACGCUUUAGCCGACACCGCUGUCUCCUCAGCAGCCGAGGCGAGUGGAAAUGCAAGGCCGGAAGAGGGCAAUGAAGUUGCUUCUGGGCAAGCCGAUGUGGGGCUGGUUGCUGAUGAAGUCGCCUCGGGGAGCUGAUCGAUUGACUUCUCGUUAUGUAGUUUAGCUAGGCAGGUGUUUAUAAUGCCUUUUUUGUAAUGGCCAUUGAGCCCUCCUGAUGUAAUGACUUCUCAUAUGAAUGAAAAAUAU